ACCGUCACUUCCGCUUUUGUACUCAUCCGCCACAGCACCGGAUCACAUGAUCAGACUAUCGGUUCAGUCAGUCGGAGAAAAAUGAAACUGAUCAUUCUCGACGACUACGAGGCGUCUAGCGAGUGGGCUGCAAAAUACGUCAGGAAUAAGAUUUUGCUUUUCAAACCUGGGCCGGACAGAUAUUUCACACUUGGUCUUCCUACGGGAAGCACACCCUUGGGAUGUUACAAGAAACUUAUUGAGUAUUACAAGAAAGGGGAAAUCUCCUUCCAGUAUGUCAAGACGUUCAAUAUGGAUGAAUAUGUGGGACUUCCCAGAGAUCACCCGGAGAGCUACCAUUCCUUCAUGUGGAAUAACUUCUUCAAGCACAUUGACAUAAGAGCAGAGAACACGCACAUCCUUGAUGGCAAUGCUCCAGAUUUGAAAGCAGAGUGUGAUGCGUUCGAGGGGAAAAUAACAGCAGCUGGUGGGAUCCAGUUGUUCGUCGGAGGGAUCGGACCGGAUGGCCACAUCGCCUUCAAUGAGCCCGGAUCAAGCCUGGUUUCUAGAACCAGGGUGAAGACGCUGGCAAAGGACACCAUCAUGGCAAAUGCUAGGUUCUUUGACGGGGACCUGUCAAAGGUGCCCACUAUGGCGCUGACUGUCGGAGUGGGCACCGUCAUGGAUGCAAAGGAGGUCAUGAUCCUCAUCACAGGGGCUCACAAGGCAUUUGCCCUUUACAAAGCCAUAGAAGAAGGUGUGAACCACAUGUGGACUGUAUCUGCCUUCCAGCAGCACCCACAGACUGUUUUUGUAUGUGACGAAGACGCCACUCUGGAACUGCGUGUGAAGACGGUUAAAUAUUUCAAAGGGAUGAUGCAUGUGCACAACAAGCUGGUGGAGUUGCCUCCUUCAGAGCCCAAGAAGUGAUGAUGUUUCUUGCAGGGGAACAAGUGAACAUUUCAGAAACAUUCCAAUGACUUCUUCAUAUCUUAGCAUUGAACUGUGAGUGGGUGUGAUCGGGUUUGAUACCGCUCAUUUGUCAUUUAUAAUAAAAUGAUUUAUACUUGCU